AUGAGAGUUGUGGCAGGAUCCACCAGAGAAAUGAGGCAAGACGGUACAUUUGAUGUCAACUCGACAGUGCUAGAGAUUGGCGCAAAAGAGAUUGACGAGGCAUAUGAAGCUGUUCAAGCAAAUGGGGGCACUUUUAUUGCCCCAUUUGUUAGCAACGACCUGUCAGAAAUCAGCGAUUGUCUGGAGAGCAGCAGAGCUGCAGAAGAGAGCACGGUUUCUGAUUUUUGCAAGGUGGUUUUAGAGACAUCUACUGCGGAUACUCAGGUUCUCUUAGAUUGCGUGGAUAACCCCACCUCCAAGCAGUGCCAAGAGAUUCUCCCUGGAUUAUUGGAUGCCUCCACACGCCAAUCUGAAACACAAACAUCUGAGCAACCAGAAGCUGAGUUGCAAGAAAUUGCUGAUGAAGGCGCUCGCAACAAUGAAAUCAUGGUGGAUGAAGUUAAUGCAGGGACGGAGGGAGAUGAUAUGCAAUCUGUGAAUGACAUUCCAACUGCAGAAUCCCUGGUUGAACCACCAAGUAGGCCUCAGAUGACUUCAGCUGAUGCGAAUGCUCACAGUGCAAUCCCCAGUACAGGCUCACCUGAUAGUCCUUCAGCUGUGGCAAACCCAAGCACAUCAUAUUCUUCUUCUAAUGCAAACCCCACUACAACAGCUCCAGCAAUGAGAGGUCCAAGUGUUGCAUCUGGCGGAUCAUUCAAUCCCACUAUGAGCAGUGGUUCUGAGCACCCGGCAACAAAAGACAAGGGAAUGCCCGUGGUAGCCGUCCCAUCUCUUUCAACAGCACCUGAUGCAUCACCAGUCAAAGAAUCAACAUCGUUGGCACCAGGUCCCAACCCAACUUCCACAGCUGCACCAUUUUCUGGAGACCACACAGUAGGUGGUACUGCUGCUAGCCACAUGGUUGUGACAGGUACAGCAGGCAAUGCAGCUCCAAUCGCAAGCUUCUCUUCCUCAACCCCAUCGAGGCUGUCAGGAACUGGAACAUCAGCCCCUUCUUCUCUAGCUACCCCAGAAACAACUGCUGAGGUGACCCCACAGAUCACCUUCGAGCCAACCAGCCAGCCAACACCUGCACCAACCUUUGAGCACACGCCUGAACCAACCAAUCAGCCUACACCUGCACCUACCACAGAGCCAACUGCCAUGCCAACUCCAAACCCAACCACUGAGCCCACAUUGGAGCUUAAUCCCACAGCAACCGAGUCGCCAUCUGUUGCCACAGACUUUACCUUGGAACCAACAACAAUUGUCUCACCAUGGCCAAGCUUGCCACCCUCACCGCAGUGCCUGUCACCGUUCAUUGACUUGGUAUCAUCUUACCAAGUCUCAUUUGAUGGGGAUAUCUCAGAGGUUCCAACUGACACGUUAGCGGAGGCUUUCAUUCAAGGGUAUACAGGAGUACCCAAAGAUCAUUGUUCACCUGUGCUUCAGUCUGUUACUGUUGAAAUACUUAGUAGCUCACAACGAAGACUUCAAGACUCCAAUGAAGUUGUCUUCUCGGCAAGUUCAACACAACCCGAAGUAGCCAGCCUUGUUUCGACUGAAUCAGACAAGACUGCUUUCUUGUUAUCAUUUAACCAGCACACCAGUUCCAGCGAGAUUGCAAUGGCGAUAGGGAUUGCAGCUUCAGAUCAAGCUCCAACCAGUGACAUGCCAAUCCCAAGCAGCCCUUCAGAAAGCCCAACCUCAACAUUGCCAACCCUGACACCAGGAUCUCCCAGUUUUGCGCCCACCGUUACACCAGGUAGCCCCAGUGCAAGUCCAACAACAGCCAUCCCAAGUGUGACGCCAGGAUCUCCCAGUUUGACACCAACAGUCACACCAGGUAGCCCCAGUGCAAAUCCAACAGCAGCCAUUCCAACUGUAGUCCCCGGCAGCCCUUCAGAAAGCCCCACUUCAUCCUUGCCAAUGGUGACGCCAGGAUCUCCGAGUUUUACGCCAACCAUUACACCAGGUAGCCCCAGUUCAAGUCCAACAACAGCCAUCCUAACCGUUAUGCCAGGAUCUCUGAGUUUGACACCAACAGUUACACAAGAUAGCCCCAAUGCAAAUCCAACAACAGCCAUUCCAACUGUGGUUCCCGGCAGCCCUUCAGAAAGCCCCACUUCAUCCUUGCCAACCGUGAUGCCAGGAUCUCCCAGUUUUACGCCCACCGUUACACUAGUGCAAAUCCAACAACAGCAAUUCCAACUGUAG